GUCUUGUUUUCCGGAUUCUGGGGUGUGGAGACGGUGAACUGUGUUUUGGACGAGGACUGACUGGUGUGGGCGGGUGUGGAAAGAGGUGUCAGAGCGUCUUUUGACGUUGACAGCCUAUGUCCCUUUUUAUUUUCCUAGCGUGUGUUGGGGCGGUUCUUUCUGUGGGAUUUCGGGAAGGAAGGGAGCAGGUUUCGUGAUUGGGUCAGAUGACUGACCCCCGGGUGGGCAGUUUGGAUCGUCAGAGUUUAGGCCAGAACGGGAGGGGACUUGUCUCCCUUUACUCUUAACUGGCCAUUUAGAUAAAGAGGUAAAUAAAUUGACUCAAGAAGCUUGGGUAUUUCGAAAUUAAUGACCUUGGCAUUAUUCUCUAUACAUUGAAUUGUUAAUUUUCUGUGCAAGGUAUAGGUCCUUUUCCCCAGGGGCCUCGCUAGAUAAGGACUAGGAAAUGGUUUGAAGCAAUUCUUAGGUAAAACAUUGCUUAUAGAUGAAGCAAGACUCAUUAUUUUGCCCAAGGUCACAGACUAAAUGUAUUAACCAACAGCACAACCUUCAGUUUAGGCUCUUCCCCACACGAAGAAACACUGGCACCUUAAACCAACAAGAAAACUAGAAGAAAUUAAGUGAGGUCGUUCUUUAUUCAAAGCUCAGCUGAAUUCUCUAUGAUUCUAGGACCUACGCACUGUUUUACCAUGACAAGCUUCAUCAGGUAGAGUCAAGUCUACCGGAACUCAACUAAUAAUUACAUUGCAAUGCAUUUCUUUGCAGGUUUACCUUCAGCUUUUACUGCUAUCUGAACAAUAACUUGAUGCACCAUUCCCGUUGCCAUACAGUUGGUUCCGACGCAUAGCGACCCUAUAGGACAGAGUAUAACUGCCUCAUAGGGUCUCCGAAGCUGUAAUCUUUACAGAAUCAGACUGCUACAUCUUUCCCCUGCUGAGUGGCUGGUACGUUAUGUGCAAACGUGGGUACUUUCCGUGACAAAUGAAAAUGGCCAAUUCUUUAAGAGGAGAAGUAAUGAAUCUUUAUAAAAAUCUGCUGUAUCUUGGGAAAGACUAUCCAAAAGGAGAAGACUAUUUUAAAAGGCGUCUGAAGAGUGUUUUCCUUAAAAACAAAGAUGUGAAGGACCCAGAGAAGAUCAAAGAACUUAUUGGACGAGGCGAAUUUGUCAUGAAAGAGCUAGAAGCCUUAUACUUUCUUAGGAAAUACAGAGCUAUGAAACAACGCUAUUAUUCAGAUGUCAACAAAACUAACUAAUCAUUAUUACUAUAAUUGUGGCUGAAAAUCAGUGUCAGCUAUUUAUGCACACCAAAUAUUGUAAAAUAAUUCUAACUGAAAAUGAUGAAGUUAAACACAUCAUGUAAAAAAUACCUGAGCUGCCUUACUUAACUAAAAUUAAUAGAUUUCAACUUCUAUUGAUAGCGACAGCUUCAUCAGUCAUCCUUUAUCCACAGUUUUAUACUAAAGUGGUAAUUUAGCUAUAUAAUGUUGUCAGCUACCAAUUAUAAAAUCAUUAAUGGACACUCAGUUUUGGAAUUAAAAUACUUAAUUUUUUUUCACACCUAUGAAGUUCUAGCCAAUUUAUCUUAGCCCAUUUCUCCAAUUUAUUGAUAGACAAUGCCAUUCAAUAUACACUUAACUACGCAAAAUCAUUUCUUGCACAUUUACUCCCUUUAACUUUUGAAGGAGUAACUUAUUUUUGACCCAAUUUGAUAUAAUAAUAGUACACAUUUAAGUUUCUUUAGUAAAUAGCACCUGUUAAUGAUUUAAAUAUAGUUACAGAAGUAACUAUAUGCACAGAGUAAGUAAGUAAUAUGUAUGCUAUCUGCAGUAAGAUUGACUUCCGACCUAGAAAUAGCCUGCCAUUGAUUGGCAUUAGGUACAAAAUUCAGUUAUUUCUAUUAUUAAUUUUGCUGCUGGCUCCCUUGGGGCCUUAAAACAAAUCACCUGUUGUGCAUUAAUUUCUUUGAUAAAACAAUAAAUAAUUUUGUUCCUUUGUCAUGAAGAGAGAUUUGUUUUCCAUCUACUUCUAAAUUAGUUAAUAUGACAGUGGACCUAAAACACAGCAUGGUUUUAAGUUUAAGCAAACAAAACCUCUACGUAAUGUUCACAGCACCUUUCAUAAAUACAUAAUUUUUCUAACUUAACAAUCUGCAACAAAAACAAUUCACUAAUAUGCUGUAGUAUCUGUGGCUUAUGAAGUAAUUUGUGUCAACUGCAAGGCAAAUGUUUCAAAUUUCCAUCAAGAAAUACACACUCUCAGAGUCACCAUAACUAGUUUUAUUACAUUACAAUAAUUAGGAGCAGUACAGUUCAUGACAAAAAUAUUACAAAUUUCAGAUCACUCCACAGCACAUACUCCUAUAAACAUUUCAAAGUUAAUUAAAAGAGUGGUCAUUUUUAAAUUUAAUGUUUGAUAUGACCAACAUUCCUAGGUCAGCGCAACCAAAUGAUGGAGAACAACUGGAUCACACUGCAUAUGUCCCACAAAAAAAAAAAAAAAAGCACAAUGUACAAAAUGUGCAUGUUUCAGUUUACACUAUACAAAAAUAGUUAAAAUACAUUCCAGGUAAACAUGUUACAUUAAGAAAUAGUACUAGUAAGAAAUUGGCACUCAAAGGAAAAAAGCAAAAGUAUUUUCAACAUGAAAACACCAAGACAGUGGAUCUGGAAACUUCUAGGUAAAACAUGUCUCCCACUUAGCUCAAUGGGAGGAAACCCUCUGUAAUGGACAUUUCUGCAGGUAAUAACUUUCUUUUUAUUAAACUCAUCUAAGUUGCCUAUUAUCCCAAACAGGCACUUAAAACUAUUAGGCUAAAACACAAAUCUUAAACUAGUUAUGACUAUUCUGUAAGAACUGAUGUGAACUUAUCUUUAGAAAGAAGCAAUUUUCAUAUUCUGACUAAAUUUACAGCUACCAGUUGUAUGCUACUCAGUUUCUCAAGGCAGAAUUCAUGCUACCCAAUAUUAACACAGAAAUUAUUAAAUAUAAAUUCGGCUUUAAAGUAACUGCUGGGUUUUUUAAAUCAUUAAUACAUAAUUAUCAAUAUUAUUACUUUUUGACAAAUGGAAAUGACUCCAGAUAAUUUUUAUUGUCCCCCCAUAAUUAAACGUGUAUAUGUUGAGAAAAAACGGUUAGAAGAAAAAAAAAAUCACUGGUACACAAAUGAGAUGAACUUGUGCAAACUGCAACUUAACAUGCCUCACAAAGUUUCUCUGUAUAUUAGGACAAAAUUGUGCAAUGGUGGCAAAGGUUUCUGAUAACUUAUAAAAGUUAGGUCCUAAAUUCCUAUGCAGUGUGACUCAGUUAAAUAGAACCUAGCAUUCCUAAUUGGGAAUAUUCACUCAAAUUAUACUACAUACUUCUGCUACAUUCUUCCACAAACAUGUUAAUGUCUAAGACUAUGUAUUUGAGCAAUUUUUUUAACUUCAAAAAGGAUUUUUAUCUUUAAGGCUGUAACAAUUAGAUAACAUCUUAUUUCUAGGAUCGUCUCCCCUUUUAAAAUCUCUACAAAAACAAUUUAUUGUCAAACUAUUCAAAAUCCACAUAAUAAUGGAUAAUUACCACUGCCUUAAAAAAAAAAAAAAAUUGCCCAGCUACAUAAAAAAUUCAA